GAGAGAGAGAGAGAGAGAGAGAGAAUAUGGAGAAGGGUUUUGUGGUGGUGAUGGUAAUGAUAUUAGGUUUCAUUUCGGUGGUGACUGCAGUUUCAGGAACUGCCCGUUACUAUGAUCCUCCUUAUACUCCGUCAGCAUGCUACGGCUUUGAAGACCAAGGCGUGUUAAUCGCUGGGGCGACUGAUGUUAUCUAUGAUAACGGAGCCGGAUGUGGGACAUACUAUUCCGUGAACUGCACUGGCCCUGCAGACCAGUUCCUCCAUCCCUGUACAGGAAAAAGCGUCAUCGUCAAGAUCGUCGAUCACUGUCCGGCGCCAGGUUGCGAUGAGACCCUCAAUCUAUCUCAAGACGCAUUCUCUAUCAUUGCCAACCUCACAGCCAGCAAGAUCAAGAUUGACUAUGAACUGGUUGAAAUGAUAAAGAUGGAGUGAGGAGUACAGCAGCAAUAAUGGUGGUGCAAUCAACAUAUCUCAUGUAUUUUCUACUUGGCUGUGGCUCAUGCUUCAUAUACGAUCAUGAGGAUCAUGUACUUUGCCUCUUAUGAUGUUAAUGCAUGGACCCAAAUAUGAUAAUAUCAAAUAAAUGCACCAUUCUCUCCCUUGUUUA